GAGACGCACUCCAGGGAGCGGAGCUCGCUGCAGUACCGGCAGAAGUACAGCUGCGACAGCGGCGCCCGCAUCUCCUUCUCGCCGCGCACCAGGGCCCUCGCCUGCCGCUUGCCUGUGAGGCUCCAGAGGAAACCCCUGCCCACAACCAUCUGCUGCUGCCGCUUGUGAUAAGAACCCAGUGUGCUUCUUAUCUGAAAGCAGCAGCUGGAGGGGGACGUGCUGCUGGAGUGUCAGAGAAGAGGCUGCCCACCAGCUGCCUGUGCGCUGCUCCCAGGGGAGCAGGGAGCUGUGUGCCUGAGAAGUGCCCGGAGGCCAGGGGUGUCUGAGAGCAUGUGGUGGUGGUUUUCCUCACCAGGACUCCAGCAGGUUUCCCAGGAGAGGCAGCAGUGAAGGAUGGAGUGCAUGGGUCCCACUGUGGGUGACACUGGUCUUGUGCCCCAGCAAGAAAAUCAGAACAUCCCACCCCAUCAGAACAUCACCGGCGGAGCAGAAUAUUCCACUGGGCAGCAGGAACGUCGUUCCCAGCGGGUGGGCUGAGGUCUGCCACCUCCCUAGAGAUCCUCUAUGCCCAUGUCUCAGUGCAUCAACCCUGCCCCAAAGCCUUGGGGAGUGCUGGCUGGCCCCUCGCUGCUGGGGUUCUGUGGAGGCUCUUGGUGUUUUGGUUUUCCCUCCUGCCCUGGGCGUCGGAGGCAAGUGGGCACAUGUGAUCCUUUGCUGUUGCUGAGGCAGGAGGGGAACGGGCCAGAGGAAAACCCCUUUAUUAAGCUGUUGUGCUGUGAAAUGUCCCCACCAUGCUCUCCCCCGGCACCUGAAACCUUCGGGUUUGGCCCCAGAUGGUCUCCCCCGGUGGGACGCUGUCCUGGGGGCGGGGAGCAUGAGUGUGUGUGGGGGGGGUGCUGCUCUUGCUUUAUCCCGGUGAAGACAAAAGAUCCUGCGUGCCCUCCCCUCCCCUUUCCUCCCCUCCCCCGCCGCCCCCCGCGGGCCGGGCCGGGCGGGGCCGGGCGGAGGCUCCGUCCCCCGGCGGGGAUCCCGCCGCUUCUCGCCGGAGCCGGAGCCGGAGCCGGAGCCGGGCAGCGCCUCAGGAUGGACCUCCCUGUCCCUGCAGGUCCUGCCGCCCUCCCCAAGCACAUCCUGGACAUCUGGGUCAUUGUCUUGAUCAUCCUGGCCACCAUCCUCGUCAUGACGGCCCUGGUGCUCUGCCCGGCCACUGCCGUCAUCAUCUACCGGGUGCGGACUCACCCCACACGCAAUGGCAUCGUGUGAGGCAGAGGCAACGAGGGACAGCCAGCUUGCCAGUCAGGGGGUCACAGCUGUGGGACCCCACAGAGCCCGAUGGGGCACCUGGAGAGCUGGGGAUAGGCAGGAGCUGGGGUGGGCCAGCACCCAGAUGCCUGUCCCCGUACCUGGUUCUUACUGGGUGAACCCACUGCUUCCUAUUUACCCACCGAGCUCACGGGGACCAUCGGGGAGAUGCUGGCCAGGGCACCAGUGGGGAGACGUGUGACUUUGUGGACAUGUCCAGCUAGAAACUACUCGCUCCCAUGAGGCAGGCAGGCUGGUCUCACCUUCGCUGACGGCCCUGUCUCCUCCCAGGCAAGCAGCAAGGAGUGGAAAUGCCUGGCAAAGUUAUUUCUUCUUUGGAGUUCCAGCUGUUAGGGUGGUUGGGAAAGCAAGAUAGAUGUGGCUUCUGGUUGUGCAUUCAGAGACUCGGCUAAAAGCAUCGGUGACAGAGCCUGUCCUCACUGCACAGCUGGCACUGGUUUCUCCUUUGUCAGAUAUCUCCUGAAAUUUUAGGAAAGCCCUAUGAGGUGCUUGGUUCCUCUGGGUCUCAUGGGGCAGAGAAGUGUGGGCAGCUCCUGCUGAUGUCAAGAGCCCCCACCACUCCCCUGGCAUGCCUGCCCUGUUAGGGGGGGUCUCUAUGCCCCUCGCCUGGCAGGCAAAGUGAGUGGAGCAGAGGGGUUCGCAGUGGCAAGGGACCAUGUAAGCUCUUACGUUUCCCCUUGCUACGAAAUAAAUCGAUUUUAUUCUACA